AUGUGCGACGAAUUUGGCUGUAACUCCCUGGAAGCCGAGGCUGGUGUGGCGCUCUAUGCGUGGGCGGCAGGCCUGAUGCCGCUGUGCAUUGCUCCCAUCUCUGAGGAGCUUGGCCGCCGUCCAGUGUACCUGUUUGGUUUGGCAUUGUUCUGGGUCUUCCAUCUCGUCAACGCAGUGGCACAGAACACUGCAACUGUGCUCGUCUCUCGUUUCGUUACCGGCAUGGCUGGUUCUAUCGGCUCGGGAAUUGCAGCUGGCAGUCUCUCAGACAUCUAUACCCCAGCUCACCGAGGAUUCCCCAUGCUGCUCUCCGGGUUCUGCGUCUACUUUAGCACAGGUCUCGGUGGAACAGCCUUUGCAUACGUCACAACCCAUCUCGGAUGGCGAUGGGUUUGGUGGAUCCACGUCAUCUACAUUGGCGCCACAGUCCCCAUGUUCAUCUUCAUGAUGCCUGAAACGCGGUCUGUCGUCAUUCUCCGCCGCUGGGCAGCCAAGUUGCGCAAGCAGCGCGGGCUCGAGGACGGCGGGAGGUACCUCACGCACGCCGAGAUGGAAAAGGUCAAGCUCAUUACGGCGCUCAGGACGAGCCUAGUGCGACCACUCGUCUUCCUCACCACCGAGCCGCUGUGCGUCUUCUUUGCUCUCUGGGUCGGUUUGGCAUGGAGCGUCAUGUACGUCCAGCUGGCGGGCCUCCCAUACAUGAUGCGCAACAUUUACGGCUUCGACACGGAAGGAGUUGGUCUCAUGUACCUGACCACCUCCGUCGGCGCAUUGUUCGGUAUCAUGGGCGGCUUGAUCCAGGAUCGUCUCUACCGCCGAAUGGCGCCCACAAAGGGUGUCGAGGCUCGUCUCUAUGCCCCCAUGUUUGGUGGUGUGCUCUUUGCCAUUGGGUGCUUUAUCACUGGCUUUACCGCAAUCCCCGGUGUCCCCUGGAUCGCAUCGGCCAUUGGGCAAGUCGUCAUGAUCGCGGCGAUCAUGACCAUCUACGUCACUGCUUUCACGUACAUCUCCGAGUGCUACGGCAUCUACGCCAGCUCGGCCAUUGCAGGCCAGUCAUGCUCGCGUAAUCUCGUUGGAGGCUGCAUUGGCUUUGCCACAACGUCCAUGUUCGAGGGCAUGACUGUGCGCUGGGCCAUUGUCAUGAUGGGCGGCAUCGCAUCCGUUCUCGCUCUCGUCCCCUUUGGAGCGUACAUUUACGGCCCCAAGAUCCGCGCUCGCAGCAAGUACAGCCGCCUCCUGAUGCACCAGGAACGCGAGGCCAUGGACGAAGAGCGUGUGCAGCGCCAAGUGCGAGGAAUGGACACCGCCGGAAUGGAGGAUUACGAGGGUGACGCAAACGAGAAGGACAUUCCGUGCUAG